UGGAAACGUAGUAGUCUAAUAAUCCCUCGAGUCCAGUUGGUGGAAAUCCCCACGUGGUUUCCACUCCUGUAUAAAAACUUUGGGUGUGUGGAGCCCCUGUUGUCGUGAUUGCAAGGAGAGAAAAGGGUCUCCGUGAGCAGGAUCUUGCACAGGACGCACGGAGAGCUGGCCGGCAGCGCGCACCGGACACGGUCCAAACCCAGGCGCGUAAAGACAGAACACCCGGGGACUUCACCCAGCGGAGCGGUUUCCUUUCUCCCCUUCUGGCUGUUUGAAUGGGAACGAGCGGACAGAACGUUUUUGGACACCCGAGGGCUUUCUUGAUUUAUGGGCUCGGCGGUGUGCUUGUUCCCUUUUGUUUUGGCACAUUCUGAAGCAAACGUGGUCUGACAGAAGCGCGUCAACAAUCCAAACUCCCGAGUGCGCCUUGCAAUCAGAGAGAUGAACUAACUUUUUAUUCUGGCGCUGGAUAAGAGGCUGAAUGCAUGAUGAGCGCAGGGAAUUAGCCUUGUAGUUUGAGCUCCGUGUUUUGGGGAUUACAAAGGUUUCAGGGGCUUCUGUGGAUUUCUUUCCCCCCCGAGGUGUCUCACUUUUUGUUUUGUUUUGUUUUGCUUUGUUUUCGAGCACCGGUGGAUGUUCCCUCGGAACUUGCAGAGUUGUAGAACAAUAAAAGAAGCUUUAUCGUCAUUUAAUCAUAUUUUUUGGUCAUAUUUUGAUGUGAAGAGGCUGCAGUAAGAUGCGCGUGUACAGUGUGGCGUUGUGCUGUUUGCUGGCGUGCCUCCUCCCGGUGCGCUGCGGCGCGGCGGAGGCUCCGGGCGCGCCGCGCCAGGAGUCGUGCGCGUCCUGCGGUCUCAGGGCGCCCGACCAGUCGGAGCGGCUCAACGUGGACUUCUUGGAGGCGGUGAAGAGGCACAUACUGAACAGGCUGCAGAUGAGAGAAAGACCCAACAUCACCCACCCCAUCCCCAAGGCUGCGAUGGUGACGGCGCUGCGGAGGCUGCACGCCGGCAAAGUGCGGGAGGACGGCCGGGUGGAGAUCCCCAGCUUCGACGGGCAGGCUGCCUACAGCAACGAGGUCCAAGCAGAGACCUCGGAGAUCAUCAGCUUCGCCGAAUCAGAUGAGAACACGUCCUCCAAAACCGGUCUGUACUUCCUGGUCUCCAACGAGGGCAAUCAGAACCUGUUUGUGUCUCAGGCCAACCUGUGGCUGUACUUCCGCGUGCUGCCGGCCGGUCCGGAGAAGGGCGUUCGGAGGAAGGUGACGGUCAAAAUCCACCACCAGGAGGCCGCGGCAUCGAGUGGGGCCGACGGGAGCCCGGGAGGCGGCGGCGGCGGCGGCGGUGGCGGCGGGGGGUCGGGCCGCUGGGCCCUGGUGGAGAAGCGGGUGGAUCUGAAGCGCAGCGGCUGGCACACCUUCCCCCUCUCGGAGGCCGUGCGGGCCGUGUUCGGGAAAGGAAGCCGGCGGCAGGACCUGGAGGUGCACUGCGACGGCUGCGAGGCGGCGGGCGUGGCCCCGGUGCUGGUGGAUCCGGGAGACCCGUCCCACCGACCCUUCCUGGUGGUGCGCGCCCGGCAGGUGGACGGGAAGCACCGCAUCCGCAAGCGAGGGCUGGAGUGCGACGGCACCAGCGGCGGCUUGUGCUGCCGGCAGCAGUUCUACAUAGACUUCCGCCUCAUCGGCUGGAACGACUGGAUCAUCGCGCCGGCCGGUUACUACGGCAACUACUGCGAGGGCAGCUGCCCGGCCUACAUGGCGGGGGUACCCGGCUCGGCUUCGUCCUUCCACACGGCGGUAGUGAAUCAGUAUCGGAUGCGGGGGAUGAGCCCGGGCUCCGUCAACUCCUGCUGCAUCCCCACCAAGCUCAGUACUAUGUCCAUGCUCUACUUCGACGAUGAGUACAACAUCGUGAAGCGGGACGUGCCCAACAUGAUUGUGGAGGAGUGCGGCUGCGCUUGAGUCCGCGCUGACCCUUCUGUCCUCUGAACUUGGACCAGUCCAGAAAGACUUUUCUACAAACUGGACGCUAUUGUACGGUACACAUAUAUAUCUAUACCUACUGUAUGUGUGAGCAGCACGCAUCGGUAUCAUCAAGCGCCCGUACCGGUGUGGUGUCCGUGUGUUUGCAUGUGCAAAUGUGCGUUAUUUAUCAGACUGAGCAACCGCGCUCGCUGUCCGAGUUCUGUCCACCAGCCGCUCGGCGACGGGACAAGAAGGGAACGAUCGUCACCAAAUGCUACUUUCUUCUAGUUUGCCAUUUCUAGUCAAAAAAUAAUGGCUCAACAUCUCCUCUUUGAAUGAAGAUUUUCAAUAAAAAGCGCUUAAGGAAAGAGACCUGAUCAGCCAACGGCAGACAGAGAUUGGCUCGGUCGCCCACGCUCCCGACCCUCGCUCCUCCAACCCUCUUUUGUACUUUAAAGCACAUGACGGACUUUUGUUUUGACGAAGCACUGACUAUGUUCAUCAGCUGACACAUUUCAGAACACCAGCACUUCCCUACUAUGCAGGCAGACACAGUCUGACUGUCCUCUGUGGUGGAAUCGGACCAGCAGCGCUUAUUGCCUUGCAGGAUUACAGCCCCGGUGGCAAAACAACGGAGCUGCCGCCGCCGCCGCCGCCGCCGCCGUGGUCUUUCUAGUCGUCCGCUCCCGCCGUCGACUCCUGGGGCCUCUACCUCGACUUUCUGCCCUUCAAGAGCUUUGCAGGCCCCUGCUGCCAUGACAACCAGGUGAAGACAGAUCUCACAAGUGCACUUCACUUGUGCACUGGGAGUGACGGAGAGAGAACCGCCCCGCCCCCGCCCCCGCCCCGUCACGACGGGCCCGUGCGGACACAGGGACUCCAGCUUCGGCCCAGCGGGUCGCCACGGUGCAGUGCAGCACUUGCAGAAACUGAAAUGCACACCCUAAAUAGCACUUGUAUAAAGAAAUGCCUUCUAAGGGGUACUGAGUGUCCUGUCCUAUCACUAAAUAAGUGCCACAUGAGCUAUGCAAUGUAUAGUAACCUAUACCCAUACUCAACAUGCUCUAUUAGACUUAACUCUUUCCACUUUUCUCUCUCUCUCUCUCUCUUUGUCUCUCUUUCUCACCCUCUCUCAAUUUGCCUCUUUCCUUUUUUUUUCCUUACUUCAGUCCUUGACUCUUUAUCAAUACUUGAAAUGUAAUCUUUCGCUUCCUUUCCAAAGCGAAUGAUUGUUGUGACGUUUGCACUGAAAAGUUGCGGGAUUAGCGAAACGAAAAACUGCCAUUGAAAAGUUAUUUUUAUAGAAGUAAAUUGAAUUUUGUUUCAGAUGUAUUUUACCUAAUUAAUGGAACCAAAGAGGCCAAGAUUUUAGCUUAUUGUAGCGAGAUGGCGUGGCCAUCGAGUUACUGUGUACAAUACUGUUGUUGAUCAUUUGCAAAAAAAA